UUUAAAUCAUUCAUUCGAGGAAGAGAGCAGAGAGACGAACUUCAAGUUGAGACCGAUUCUCUUCUCGACAUUCAACGAGCCAUCAAAGUUUGUGAGGACCCAUAUCCACAUUAAUGUUCUAUAGCCUAGUAAGGCAUGUAUUUGGAAGGGUUGAUAUAGAUCUAGAUCUAGAAUCUCAAACAAAAAGUGACAACAUACUUACAGUUCACCGGCGUUAGUCUCGAAAGUAGUAGAAGUACAACGUACACAUCUGUCACUAAGAGCCAAGGAUAGAAAACGUUUCGUCCACAAGGAAAACUCCUCUCUCUGUUUUUAAUAAAUCAACGCGCCGGAAACUUUGUCGAAACGAGGCUACCGGAUAGAGGAAUGUUUACCGUGGUUACGCUGAAAUGAUCAGCGAACACGUCUAAUUUCCGAUAACUUACUGAAAACAACGACGUGCUUGGGACGUAUCUUUCACUGCAGAUAUCGUAAGGAAAGAAAAGAAAAUGCAAAAACAAACUGGAAAUCCAUAUCCUGGGUUUGAUGAGACAGGCCACUACUAUGAACCUCGGCCUGCCCCAAGAGUCCGGCCUGAAGCAGAGGAGAUCGCAUCCAGAAACAAAGGAAGUAUCGAUUUGUUUAAUUCUGAAAAGCACACACACGUCAUUCCUCCUCCGCAUUCUCCCCGUUGUCCAACUGGAGAAGCCCGGCAAAAUUAUGAGGUUUCUCGUACUGGCCAUGUUGGGAAUUUAUUAGGGGGUAAAGGACCAGCCCCCCCUGUUGCUGUUUCACCUGCUCCGAGAGUGACUGUGCAAAGUGAGGAUAUUGCAGAGGCUCAUAAAGGUGGCCCUAUGAAUAAACUGUUGACCAAUUAUGGACAUAACCGACCCUCUCCUCGCCCUCUCGCUAGAGUGAAGCCAGAGGCGGAGGAAACGGCAGACAUGAGCAAGGGAGGGAGAAUGAACUCUCUUAUGCACAAUCCAUCGGAGAUGCAUGAGACCCCGAGGAAUGCUCCCAGAGUCAAACGUGAGGCUGAGGUAACAGCUGAGUAUGGGAAAGGUGCAAGUAUGUCAAAAAUCAUGGGACGUUAUGGCGAAACUCCUCGAUCUACACGAGCUGUUCCUCGUGUGAAACCUGAAGCUGAAAACACUGCGAAGCUUGAUCAAGGCGUCCAGAUGGACGGACUGUUUCACAAGUAUGGCAACCAGCCGCAAUCUGCCAGGCCCGCUCCCAAAGUAAAGAAUGGCCAUGAAAUAGCGAACCUGGACAAAGGGGGCCGCAUGUCUAAACUCAUGCACGAGGGGAACAAACUUCCAUCUGAUCCCAAACCCCCACCUCGAGCCGCGUCAUCUGCUGGGAGGAAAAACAUCAAAAAGUCCAGGGGAAACAUCAGCAACAUAUUUGCUGAAACCUCUAAAUGGCAGAUUGUUCCAACUCCAGGAGUGAGAAAUUAAGUAAGCAAUCUUUUUAAAUAUAGGUUCUACUCCAGUUUAGUGCAUAUUUUUUGGUCAUUUGUCUGUAUCUUGUCUUGACCUGGUACUGAUCCUGAAGGGUGUUUGUACCUUCUGGCAUGUACAGGCGUGAGCUUUCAGCAUCCAGGACAGAUAUACUUAUGUUUACGUGAUGGGUAUGCAAAUGAUAAAAAUUUGAAGGGAAGAGAGCCUCCUAGGCUGGGGAAACUUCUAAGGAAUGAUAAAGGGGCUGUUGUGCUUCAUUUAAUUGGCAACACGGUGCAAGUUGAAUGUCUAUGUUCCCAUUAUGUAUAAAUGAGUGUGCGCAUGUUUUUAUGUAUGUUUGUUUGCAAAUCUACCAGCAGAUUUGUCAUUUAAUUCUUUCACGCCAUUUUCAGAUUUUUCUCAUUGGGGAUACGGUGUCAGUGGACAUUGAUUUCUGAUCUCAACCAAAGAUAGUUCAUAACAAGAUGGUCCACUCAGCCAAAAAAGUGUCCGCCGGA